UUGAAGGCUUGGCGCAGUGAAGGAUUACCUUUAACUACUACAAGUAAUGAAGCAGCAAAAAUGUAUGAUGCUACCUUAACACAGGUUGGUUGGUUUGUGUGUAUCAUUAUAAAAUGACUGAUUUCACUUGAUUUGUAAUACUUUUUUAUUAUUUGUUUGGUUACUUAUAAUUAAGCUGACAUAAAACCAUGAAGAGCAGAAAGCUGAUGAUUUGGAGUCAACAUUUGGACAUUGUCAGCCUGCACAUUCCCCUGAGGGUGGGGUGUAGCUUGAAAAUAAAGAUCUCUUAGUGGGACAGUCAAAUUUGUUAAUUGUUGCAUUAUUAGCAAGCACAUGAAAUUGUGUUUAGCAUGUGAAGCUGGUCCAUUGUCAGCCUGGUUAACUCCAAACAUGGAAUUUUGAAAAUCUUGACAGGCCUCAAUCUCAAGAUUCAUGGAUCAUCUAAUUUUACCCAGUCCCCCUUGGUUUCAAACCAGGCUUAAUGACUUGUAUUGGUCUGUAAAUGUACACACAUAUUGCUUUCAAUGGUGUCUGCUAUAGGAGUGUUGCCUGGCAAGAAGAUGUGGGACUCACAGCAUUCAUGUUGGCAUAAUGGACUGGGUUUCUGCUCAAUAUAGCUUUGCUGUACAUUAUUACACCUUGGGUGUACUUAUUACAAAAAACUGAUAAUGUUCAUCUGAUCAUAUCACAGUACACAGGGUGGUAUGAUGACUCUACUGUUGGUGGUAUUGAGGGAUCAAUUUCUAAGAUGAUUGCAGCUGAUCCAACUUUUGGUGAGUUAAAUUAACAAAGAUCCAGUAUGACUGUUGUAAAUUGACAGCUGGAGCUCACAACUUGACAAACAAUUUAUUACGUGUAAUGCUACACUAGAAUUUCUAGUGGCUUUAAAGCAUUACACUGUAAGUUCAUGUAAUUGUCAUUAUUACUUAUUUACAUGUAUAACUUUUAUUUAUUUAUUUCAUUUCAUUUUUGAUUUUGACCUCUCAGUCUCUUUACAUGUACAUUGUACAUGUACAUGUAUGUGCAUCAACCAUAAUCUUUACCAUAUUAUAUUUUUAUAGUCAUUCAUUAUUAUUAGUUUAGAAAAGACAGCAUUGUGAGUACUUUUAAGUUGAAUAAAGCCUAAUAUUCAGCCAUUUUUCCUCUUGAGGCGCUUGUAUAUUAAUCCCAGAAAGAAAAAAGAAAAUAAUAUAAGAAAUUGAAAGUGUGGAAAAUUGUGUCAGAGUUCCCAACUGUAUCAAAUGCCCACAGGCAUUAACCAUAGAUCUGCUCUUCUGUUACGACCAUUGCAGAAAUGGUGGGGGUGAGGGAGGGGGGGAGGGUACAGGCAGGUUCUGAGUGACUUGUGAUACACUGCCCACCUCUAUUUCCUGUAUUUUACAUGUUCAAAGAAAUUUUUUUAUAUUAAUUUUAUCUGCAGUCCCACAUUACCUUUUUUCACCAUAUGUAUUUCACGGAUAACAAUCAAUAAUUAAUAUUUUUCAGUCAUUCGGUUGAACCUUUUUUUUUUGUUUCAGUAAUGGGCCAUGUACUAUCCUGCGGGUUGGAUCUCAUAUCAUCUGGCAUAGGUAUUCACGUAAAUCAGGAUCUGAAGAGUAGGAUGGAUACACUACAAUCACUUGCCACAGCAGCAAGCAGCAUCACUAAUAGAGAAAAGCUGCAUGUGAGAGCUGUACAAGAGUGGGCUGAAGGGUAGUUUGUGUUUUUUUUACCUUUUGAUUGAACAGUAGACCCUAGACACCUUGAACCUUCAAGGGAAAUUGAAAAAAAGGUCAAGUUAUUGGCAGCUUGAAGCAAAUAGCCGGAAGUAAGAAGAAAAAAAAAACAGUUUUGACUAUACAGUAAACGUUCCAAUCACGUUUUUAUUAUAGAAAUGCUGGGCUUGAAAUUAAUACUCACAAACUCGGAAAAUGCGAGUGAUUUUGAAAAUCUGUGAGUGACAAAAAUAUCGACUUACAAACAUUUGCGAGUUAGAGUCAUCCAUGUCUCCCAACAAUUUAAAAAAGGGAAAGAAUUUGCUAGUGGUCUCACCAGUUUGCUAGAAGAAAAAAUGUUUCCAGCAAAACUUUGCAAGUGCAGUAAAAAGUUAACUUCGAGUGCUGAAAUGUUUUUAAACUUGGUAAUGCACUCCUGCACAUUUUUUAAACAGUACUUAGAAAAAAUACCUGUAAAAUUGCCUGGCAUUACAGGUAAAGUAUCAAUCAACACUUGUAAUCCUUUAAAAAAGUUUGCUUGUUUUUUUCUUUCUUUUAGAAACACAGCACAGGCAUGUCUAACGUGGGAAGAUAUUUUGGUGGAAAAUCCAACAGACAUGUUUGCACUAAAAAUGGCUCAUGAUUCAUAUUUCUACAUGGGUUACCAAGAGCACAUCAGAGAUUCCAUUGCCCGUGUACUUCCUCACUGGAAAGAAGGCAUGCCACUUUAUGGAUGAGAUGGUUUUGUUUUAUAGACUUACUAGUCUCCCCUGCGACUGUUCUUUGUCUUGUCACACAAUGACUGUGACAAGAUAAAAUGGCUGCAAAGGAGGCUAUGACUUAACUUGACACAGAGAUGCCCAGUGGGGUAGGGACAAACGAAGAGUGUUCCCAGGGGGGUUAGCCUGCAAACACAGAUGUAUUUCGGGUCAUCCUUUUCGGAUGGAGAGAAGCAACGACCGGAAAUAACGUGUGUUCACAGGCUAACAGCUAACAGGAGGUAGGGUUCAAGAGAUUUUUUGGUAUCCCCUUUAUGCACUGACCUUCAGAAAACAAAUUGAGAAAUAAGAAUCCUAGGGAAAAAAUAUCAAGAAUUGUUCUUCUACUUCUACAUGUGAGAUAUGCAUCAUGCAUUCUGGAUUACUGUAUAACUUAUUGGGCUCUCUUGGGUGAAUAAUCAAUAAUUUCAAUCAAGUUAGAACCCACCUUGCGAAAAGACUGGGUAUGCCCCUGUCAAUUGGGAUCAUAGGUCCCAUGCAACAGAAACUAUAGGGGCGGUAAGUACUAUUUUCCUAGUAGUUCUUCUACAUGUACAGUGUAUGUACCCGUAACCCCACAAGACACAACUAGGUCACUCUCUGGGCAAAGUAUUAGCUAUAAGAAACAUCAGUUUCGACUAAAUAAACGUUAAUUUGUCUCAUUUAUACUUUAGUUACUCACAUAGCAGUUGUUUUUUGUCUUUCCUGUUCGUUUUUCUCCCAUAUAUCCCUUGUAAAAGACGAAAAAAAUGCAUCGUUCGAUUCAAACCUGUUCAAACUGACCGCCAGUAUUUGAUUUAGUCUUGGUAACCAAGCCUUUUCUUCAAAUCUCAGGCGCGGGCGCUAAGCAAAAAGCGUUAUAUUAUUUGCUCAGGGAUCCUAUGAUCAGACAACGGCGACGUCCAUGAAAACGGCGUGGUUGUGAAGGUACAGCGGAGAAAUUUACAAAAAAGCGUGAUACACGUUGCAGAGUUGUUAUUUUGCUGAUUAAACCUAUUGCUUUUUAGACCUUCCCGUUGCCAGUUUCGUAAGGUCCCGUCGCAAAACGUAAUUCAAACCCCGGUUAGUAACGUCUGCAAAGCAGCGUCGUGAUCCUUGUUUUAGUCCCCCAACGUACUCAACGAAUUCCCGGAAAUACGUUUCGUUUUUCCUCUCAUUCUGAUUGGCAAUCGACAAACAGACCUACCAUGGCGCAUGCUCAAAUCCUGAUACUCAGAUGGGGGCCUAAAACAAGGAUUCCAGCGCUGUUUCGCACACGGACUUAACCAGAGUUUAGUUUUGUUUGUGGCGCAGGCUAAGUAAGACAGGUAAGGGCGGAUUUCCAGGGUCUCGUAGCUUUUACGUUAAUGCGCGACCUUUCAUAAAAUUAUAAUUUCCUCCAUUUUAUUCACCCACGUAAGUUGUACCCGUACAAGCACAUAAAAACUACACGACAGUGGAAAUGCACCCUUAUUUUUCUCUUAUUUUGUCUUUCUUUGGUUCUCCUUCCCCGGCCUCUUUCACUGGUAUACUGUGGUAUACUGUAUGUAGUUACUUCCCAUCACAAUGAACAGAUCGACGUUUUGUAUAAACGGUUUGUGUUCUACACCACCUUAAUUUAGAUUUUAUUACUCACAGGUAUCUGCAAGGAAUGUAUGCCUUUGGUCUUGUAGAAACAAACUUUUACAAGGAGGCGGAAAAAUAUGCUCUUAAGGUAGAGUUUAAACCCCAAAGGCCCAGUUAUUUAAACGGAGUUUAGCAAGUACUUAACAAAGCUGCGUUCUAAGCCAUUUUCAGUGAUUUGCUAACGCUUUUACACGAUCUAUCGUGAACAAUUUCAGUAAAGCGAAUAGCGUAGACUGGAAAAGCUAUUUAUUUAGUAUGUAGUUCAAACUUUAAAGUCUGUCGAUGAAAUCCUAUGGUAUGACCAUUCAAAUGAAACCUCUUGAGUGGUACUCUCACGUGGUACUAUUUAUUUAGUUUGUAGUUCUAACUUUUGAGUCUGUGAAUGAAAUCCUAUGGUGUGACCAUUCAAAUCAUUGUAAAACCGCUUCAACAGUACUUCACAUGGUACUAUUUAUUUAGUUUGUAGUUCUAACUUUUGAGUCGGGGAUGAAAUCCUAUGGUAUGACCAUUCGAAUGAAACCUCUCCAGUAGUACAUUCACGCGGUACCAUUUGUUUUGUUUUUUUUUUUCAGCAUUUCCCAAAUUAAAUUAGGAAAAGUGUGUCGAAUUUGACUUCGGUCACUUUCUACUGAUUUAUUGCCUUUGUCAAUGCAUUGUAGGCCUUGGAACUGAAUCCAAAGGACUGUUGGAGCACUCAUGCCGAAGCUCAUGUGAUCGAGAUGGAGGGACGACAAGAUGAUGGGAUCAAAUUUCUUAGCAAGACAAUAAAUGACUGGACAGUACGAUGGUUCUUCUUUAUGCAUUUACACUUGUUUAUGAUAAAUAGUUGUUUAGCCUGGUUUUCACCUGCAACCAAGCCGUCGGGGACGUUUCUGGAUACUCUUUGUCGCGAAACGCUGGGAAGAGUUGCGUACAAAGAGGGACAGAACUGGACUAGAGUCGUUAGUGAUCCAUUCAAAGCAGAG